UGGAGAAGGCGGCGGGGUCGCGCCGCGCGUUCUCGCCAGGCUCGCGUUGAGCCUCGAGUUGAGGCGAAAGAGCAUCCACUCCAGAGGUAGGCGGACUCGGAAGGGGGAGCUUUCCCGCUGAAGAAGAAGAUAAAAAAAACUGGUACCGGAGGCACCUUUUUGGAAAUGACAACGGAAUGAGACUUGCUGCACUGGAGGCUUCAUUCUCAAAGAAAUUUAAAAAAAGAGGCCAUUUGGGGGGAUUUGGAGUAUACCCACGUAAUUUGUUUUCUUUAUUGUAAAGACAGACGCACGGUUAUGGGGAGACGUACAUCUGGAUUGUGCAGCACGGGAUAGAAGAUCUGACAAGCGAGGAGAAAGGAUCUCUCUCUAAGGAGAGGAACUGCAAAACUGUUUCUCAUCCACUCCAAGCCACCGGAGCCCAGUAUAUCAGCCCAUGAUUGGCCUUCCCGUGGCCCGACUGCACGUCUAAGCUAAGGCAGAGGAAAGUUGUAUGUUGGUGGCUUGCACUCGCUCUCGAGGACCAUGUGGUUUUCGCCGAGGAGAAGUCGUACCCCCUUGCAGAACUGGAAAAGAUCCCAGACUUCCCCCGGCAUCAUCUCGUCUUUGUGGCUAUUAACUUUUUGCUGGUGCUUUGUGGCAGUGAGGGGUCAGAGCUACCACCCCACCGUCAACACCCAGUAUGGCAAACUGCGAGGAGUGAGGGUGCCUCUACCCAGUGAGAUCCUUGGGCCGGUGGACCAAUAUCUUGGGGUCCCUUACGCUGCCUCCCCGGUUGGGGAAAAACGCUUCUUGCCACCCGAGCCGCCAUCGUCCUGGUCAGGGACUAAGAAUGCCACCCACUUUGCUCCAGUGUGCCCCCAAAAUAUUCACAACGCUGUUCCAGAGAUCAUGAUGCCCAUUUGGUUCACCUACAACCUGGAUAUAAUUACCACUUACAUCCAAGACCAACACGAGGAUUGUCUUUAUCUUAACAUCUAUGUUCCGACAGAGGAUGUCAAAAGAAUAUCCAAGGAAUGUGCCAGGAAACCCAACAAGAAAAUGUGUAGGAAAGGAGGUUCCCAUGCGAAAAAACAGGGCGAGGAUUUAAUGGAUAACGACGGUGAUGAAGACGAAGACAUACGAGACACCGGGGCCAAGCCUGUGAUGGUCUACAUCCACGGGGGAUCAUACAUGGAGGGCACGGGCAACAUGAUUGAUGGCAGCGUCCUGGCGAGCUACGGCAAUGUGAUCGUUAUCACCCUCAACUACCGUGUUGGAGUUCUUGGCUUCCUCAGUACCGGGGACCAAGCUGCUAAAGGGAACUACGGGCUGCUGGAUCAGAUCCAGGCUUUAAGGUGGAUCAGUGAGAACAUCGGCUUCUUCGGAGGAGACUCCAACCGCAUCACUGUGUUUGGUUCUGGCAUCGGAGCUUCCUGCGUCAGCCUGCUAACCCUUUCCCACCACUCUGAAGGUCUCUUCCAUCGAGCCAUCAUUCAGAGCGGUUCGGCGCUGUCCAGCUGGGCGGUGAAUUACCAGCCGGUCAAGUAUACGCGCCUCCUGGCGGAGAAGGUGGGCUGCAACGUCCUGGACACGUUAGACAUGGUGGACUGUCUGAGGAAGAAGAGCUCCAGGGAGCUUGUGGAGCAGGACAUACAACCCGCAAGGUACCACGUGGCUUUUGGACCUGUAAUUGAUGGAGAUGUCAUUCCUGAUGACCCCGAGAUCCUUAUGGAGCAGGGGGAGUUCCUCAACUAUGAUAUCAUGCUGGGCGUCAACCAAGGCGAGGGCCUGCGCUUUGUGGAGAACGUGGUGGACUCCGAGGAUGGCGUUUCUGGAAACGACUUUGACUUCUCUGUGUCUGACUUUGUGGACAGUCUGUAUGGAUACCCGGAGGGCAAAGACACUCUGAGGGAGACCAUUAAGUUCAUGUACACAGACUGGGCCGACAAGGAAAAUCCAGAAACCAGGCGCAAAACGCUCGUGGCUCUCUUCACUGAUCACCAGUGGGUGGAGCCCUCUGUGGUAACGGCAGAUCUCCACGCUCGCUAUGGCUCACCCACCUACUUUUAUGCCUUCUACCACCACUGCCAGAGUCUAAUGAAGCCUGCCUGGUCAGAUGCCGCGCACGGGGACGAGGUUCCCUAUGUUUUUGGAAUUCCGAUGAUCGGUCCAACUGACCUUUUCCCCUGCAACUUCUCAAAGAACGAUGUCAUGCUCAGUGCUGUGGUCAUGACCUACUGGACCAACUUUGCCAAGACUGGGGAUCCCAACAAACCAGUUCCCCAGGACACGAAGUUCAUCCACACCAAGGCCAACCGCUUCGAGGAGGUGGCGUGGUCCAAGUACAACCCCCAGGACCAGCUUUACCUUCACAUCGGCCUCAAGCCGCGUGUGCGCGACCACUACCGGGCCACCAAAGUGGCCUUCUGGAAGCACCUGGUGCCGCAUCUGUACAAUCUUCACGACAUGUUCCACUACACCUCCACCACCACCAAAGUGCCCCCGCCAGAUACCACGCAGAACACCCUGUCCACCAAGCGGCCCAACGGUAAGACCACGUGGCCCUUCAACACCAAGCGGCCCCCCAUGUCGCCGGCCUACAACAGCGAAGACAAGGACUCCUGGGGCGACGACAAGGAGUCUGGUCCUCUCGUGGUGGAGAACCCUCGGGAUUACUCCACGGAGCUCAGCGUCACCAUCGCGGUGGGGGCCUCGCUGCUCUUCCUCAACGUACUGGCGUUCGCCGCCCUCUACUAUCGCAAGGACAAGCGGCGGCAGGAGUCCAGCCACGGCCAGCCCAGCCCGCAGCGCCAAACCACCUCUAACGACAUCGGGCACCACGCGCCCGAGGAGGAGAUCAUGUCGCUGCAGAUGAACCAGACGCACCACGAGUGCGAGGCGGGGAACAGCAACGAGGGGGCGCUGCGCUUGGCCUCGCUGCCCGAUUACACGCUCACCCUGCGGCGCUCUCCGGACGACAUUCCCCUCAUGACGCCCAACACCAUUACCAUGAUCCCCAAUUCUCUGGUGGGCAUGCCCAACCUGCACCCUUACAACACCUUCACGACGGGAUUCAACUCCACCGGCCUGCCGCAUUCCCACUCCACCACGCGCGUAUAGCUUUAAGGAGACCAGACGAGGGGGUCGACGGCCAGCGAUGGCGACGGAGGAUGAGUAAAGGAUUCAACAAAACAGAGAAGAGGAUUGUGUUUUAUAAAUACUACAGAGAGGGGUGGGGGGAGACAAGGGCAGAUUAAAACGUGAAGAGAUUUAAGCAGACUUUUACUACGAGGAGCGUCGCUUCAGAGCUCUCUAUGGAUGUCAAGUUGUGCAGAGCUGCCAAAAUCAAACUGCUUACCUUCUCCUCAUCAGGGGAGGGGCUGUUUUUUUGUGUUGUGUCCUUUUUUUUUUUUUUUUUUUUUAAAUCAUCAUUUGAAAAGCCUUUUAAGCGGACAAAGAAGACUUUCUUUUUUUCUUGCGUUCCUAACAAAAACAAACUAAAGUGCUUUUUAAUUUCCCAAUCCUCCUUCCUCCUGGGGGAGACACAUGAAGAACAAUGGCCUCGAUGUCGAAACUCACAUCAUGUUUUUAAUUGCUUCUUUCUUUUGAUUUCAAUGCCUUACAAAACUCUUUUUUUUUUUGGGAGGGGGUGGGGGCGGGGUGUCAUCAUAUCUGUUCUAAUAGACAAUAUACUGAGAGGAGAGUGACAGAAAGACUGAUACCAGGAUUAGAAAUUAGCGCGUAUGCAGAUGUAGAGAUUUUAAAUCCCGUUUGGGGCAACUUUUUGGUUGAUUUUUGCUCCUGUUUGCAGCACAACAUGAAUGGUUUCAUCUUUCAUUGUGCAUUAGUUUGCGUCAAAGGGUUUGCCAUGGACAGCUCUGGCUUGGAGACACAUGCUUUGUUCCUGUGAUUGUUUUUGUUAAGAAAGUGCAUCUUUUACAGCCAGUUUACCUGUUAAGCUAUAUGAUCCGAUCUCAACCAAGUGUGCACGUACACAUGCUGCUCGUGUACCGCGUGGAACAUGAGAGGCGAGUGAGUGAACAUGUGUGGUCGUGUUGGUCGUGUGCGUCCACAUUUAUUUUUUAAAUUUGAGUAGGCUAUACCGUGUGCUUUCAUUUUAUUUUAUUUUUUUUGGGGGGUGGGGAUGGGGGCUGGGCGGGUUCAAUGCAAAAUGCAUUUCCAUGUUGUUGAUUUUGGUUCACCGCCAGUCGUGUUUCUGCUGCGUCUCUUGGUGUCGUCUUUGCAAAAUAGCACUUUUUUGGGGGGUUAUUUUUGUUCCAAGUUCUAUGUCUAAUUUUGCUUAAAGAUGAUGAAAAUAAACCUUAUUAUUUUACAUGUAAGAGAAAAAGACAGCGUCAAGAAACAACUGAACUAACUGGUGUGUGGACUUUGUUAGACUUCCACUUCGACAGCAGCAGUCAAUGGCCUGUUUGCACUGAGAGAACCUACAUCAGUGCACACUUGUAUUUCUUUCAAUAUACAUAUAUAUAAAUAUGGGCAUACAUACAUAUAUGUAUAGGGCUUCUAUGGAGAUAUCAUUCCCACUUACAAAAAAAAAAGAAAAUACGUAACAGCACCAACACAAAUAAAUGAGCAUCCCUUGCCAACAACACUUCAAGACAUCUUUGUAAGAGCUCUAUAUGUAUAUUUAUGGAUGAAAUAUUUAAUAUUUAUUUAUGUAUACCAGAUGCAUACAUGCUGAUUGUGCCAUGUACCAAAUUAAAAAAAGUCAAAAAAGGAAUAGAAA